AGCGGGGUGUCCGACCCGGUCCAGCGAACCAUGGGUUGAAUAAACUGGGAAGCGUCCCGCCGCUAAGAAUAGCAGAGAAGCUUUUGCCACUCUGAGCUGCUCUUCUUCUUCUUCAUCUUCAUUGAGCCUCUCAACUCUCUUUUUGGCAUGGGGAACGAUACAGAGUUGGUGACCCCAGGUGAAAAGCUUGGAAGAGCCUCCGAAUUCAAAGCAGGCAGAGGUGCCUACGUGUCACCUGAUAAUCUCACCGUCUACGCUUCCCUCACUGGCCUCCGCCACAUCGUAUCCCCGCCUCCUGACUCACCGGACCAGAGACCCAUUGUGGAAGUAACUGGUCACAAGGCCCAUGGUGCUAUUCCGGAGCCUGGAUCUAUUGUCAUUGCUAGAGUUACCAAAGUGAUGGCCAGAAUGGCUUCUGCUGAUAUCAUGUGUCUAGGCACUAAGUCUGUGCGGGAAAACUUUACCGGCAUUAUUAGGCUUCAAGAUAUUAGAGCAACCGAGAUUGAUAAAGUGGAUAUGCACAAGUCUUUUCACCCUGGUGACAUUGUCAGAGCUAUUGUGCUAUCCCUUGGAGACGCAAGAGCUUACUUUCUGUCAACUGCAAAGAAUGAGCUGGGUGUUAUUUCUGCUCAGAGUGCAGCAGGUGUGCCAAUGGUGGCAAUAAGUUGGACAGAGAUGCAAUGCCCCAUCACAGGGCAAAUUGAGCACAGAAAGGUUGCUAAGGUCGGAGGAUAAGAGGAUCAAGUCGAGAGAGUGUGUCUUGGUUAAAUUUAGAAAUGUUAGUUUCAUGCAUCACUUUAAACUUUCAUUCGAAGCUAUAGUAGCAUGUACCUCCAUAGCAAGGGUUUACAAAAUACAGACUCAUGGAUGGUCCAUCUUUUUUUCGUUUCAAAAACUUAGAAAGACAAUUUUGCUC